AAAAACAGCAUUCCUCAAGCCCGUUUCUACCGGGCCAGCAGAGGAAGCAGACGCCACAUUUCAAAGUUUAUACCGGGACUGGACUCACAGACGCUGUACCAGUUUGAUCUUCCCGUGAGCCCUCAUCUCGCAGCCCAGGUCUCCCAACAGAAUACACCUUCAGACGAAGAGGUCCUCUGCAAGAUCCAUGGUUUUGCUUCCCGCCUCGCUUCCACUCACCCCGGAUGGCUGUUUGUCGAAACCGCCGGCGGCGUGCACUCCCCUGGCCCUUCCGGCACCACACAAGCCGACCUCUACAGGCCACUUCGCCUCCCUGCCAUCCUCAUCGGCGACGCCAAGCUCGGCGGCAUCUCCUCGACCAUUUCGGCCUUCGAAUCCCUCAAAAUUCGUGGCUACGACGUGGAGUUGGUCCUCUUGUUCGAGGACAAGACCUACCAAAACCACAGCUAUCUUACCCCUUAUUUCCAACAAAAACACUCCAUCCCCGUCCAGACAGUCCCCCUCCCUCCUCCACGUCUUUCGCCCUCUAACGACGUUAGCAACAUGCAAACCUACUAUACUACAGCUCUGAGUCUCCCCUCUCUCUCCGCCAUCCCCUCGCGUCUUUCGUCGUUGCAUCAAGCCCGCAUUGCCCGCCUACAGUCCAUGCCUGAGACUGCCUCCAAAACAAUCUGGUACCCCUUCACCCAGCACCAGCAGCUCACCCCGGAUAAAAUCACCGUCAUCGAAUCGGCCAAGGACUCCCACUUUGACACUUUCCAGUCGGGUUCACCCAGCAAGUCACUGCUCCGGCCAAUGUUUGACGGCUCAGCCUCGUGGUGGACCCAGGGCCUUGGCCAUGGGAACCCAGCCCUUUCUCUUGCUGCUGCUUAUGCGGCUGGUCGGUAUGGGCAUGUGAUGUUUGCUGAGGCUGUCCAUGAGCCUGCUCUCGCGUUGGCAGAGAUGCUGAUUACCGGGAUGGGAAACAAGCGGUUGAAGAGGGUUUUCUACUCUGACAAUGGGAGUACGGGGGUAGAAGUGGGGGUGAAGAUGGCUUUGGGGGCUGCGAGGGCGAGGUAUGGGUGGGCAGGGGAGGAAAAGGUUGGAGUGAUUGGGCUCAAGGGGAGUUAUCAUGGGGAUACCAUCGGGGCGAUGGACUGUAGCGAGCCGGGGGUGUUUAAUGAGAAAGUGGAGUGGUAUGAGGGAAAGGGAGCUUGGUUGGGGAGUCCGGGGGUGAGGUGUGAGAAGGGGGUUUGGGUUGUGGAGGGGGGAGGGGAGUUUAAGACGCUGGGUGAUGUUUUUGAUGUGGAGGGACGGGAGAAAAGGGGGGAGGGAAGGGGGUACGAGAAGGAGAUCAGAGGAGUUUUGGAGAAGCUGGUGGGUGAAGAGGGGAAGAAGUUUGGGGCCUUGAUUCUGGAGCCGGUUGUGUUGGGGGCGGGUGGGAUGCAUUUGGUGGAUCCCCUUUUUCAGCGGACGCUGGUUAAGGUCGUCCGACAAUCACCAGAGCUAUUCGGUAGAAAGCAUCAACCAAACGACGAGCUGGAUUGGAGCGGCCUUCCGGUUGUGUUUGACGAGGUCUUUACAGGAAUUUAUCGUCUCGGCCGCUUCAGUGCUGCCUCGUUUCUCGGCGUCGAUCCUGACAUUUCCGUCCACGCAAAGCUGCUGACUGGUGGUCUGCUGCCGCUCAGUGUCACCUUGGCAUCUGAGAGCGUCUUCCGGUCGUUUUUGAGUGACGAUAAGAGUGAUGCCCUCUUGCACGGACACAGCUAUACGGCUCACGCUGUUGGCUGCCAGGUAGCUUUGGAAAGUCUGAAGACAAUGAUGAAGAUGGAAAAGAGUGGGGAGUGGGGUUGGGCUAUUUCGUGUCAGCAGAAAAGCGACGAUCAAACCCAGCAUGCCAGCUCUGAGCAGGUUGCUGCGAUUGCUGAUUCCAGGGUUUGGUCGGUGUGGAGUCAUGAGUUGGUUGAAUGGCUUUCAUGGCAGAAAGGGGUUGAAGGUGUGUGGGCGCUCGGAACGGUCCUGGCGAUUCACAUGGGCUCGGCGGGCGGUGUCGUAGGUGUAGGCUACAAGAGCACUGCUGCAAAGGGGCUUCAGGCUGCUUUGCUGAAGGCCUCUGAGGAUGAUGGCAGUGUGCAUAGUCGUGUUUUGGGCAAUGUGUUGUACCUGAUGGCUGGGCAGACGACGACGGAGGAGAGUGUCAGGCGGGUUGAGAGGCUUGUUAAACAGGGUUUGGAGGAUGGCACUUGA